CAAACCGUUAGCAUUUUACUUAUUUUAUGACAUUUAAGAAGCCCAAUAAUUAGGCGAUUUAGUUCAAAAACUUUUGGCGGGAAUUCCCCUAAAAUUUAAAUACACAAGUGUCAACAACAUAAAAAUCAGCUGUUUUCAAGUGUUCCAAUUUCAUUGUUUAGGACGGCUGUUGUUACGAUGUAAUUGCGAUUUGUUGGAAGAAACGAAAACAGAAAGUUGAGCAUUUGAACAAAGCCUUCGUUCCGGAAAACAAGAGUAAUGACAAUUUUGGGAGGCCGAUCACAUAUUGUCAAUACUAUUUUUAGAAUUUGGAGUAGUGGUAAUAGGAAAUUAUCUCACAAUCACAAUAUUCUAGGCUUACCUUAUACUAAUAAAAAAUCCUUCAUUUACUUACGUAAAAGUGAGCGCUAUAUUUCAACCAUGUUCAGUGAAAAAUCGAAAUCUUUGAAUGGAUUUAAAUUCACCGACUAUGACUGCAUUGGCUUUGAUUUAGACAACACUCUAUCCCGGUACAAAGUCGGAGCAAUGAUUGAAAUGGAAUACAAUAUCAUGGCAAAAUUCUUGGUAGAGAAAAAAGGCUACUCAAAAAAACACCUAUUGAAGCCCUUUGACCACAAUUUUAUCCUCAGAGGCUUAAUCGUGGAUGACGAAAAUGGCAACAUCUUACGUAUAGCAGCCGAUGGUUACAUUCUACAAGCCGCACAUGGUACAAAAAUGCUCCAAGAUGACGAAAUCGAAAAAUACUACCCCAAACGUCACUGGGAAAUCUCCGAUCUCUUUGUCCAAGAUCCUUUAACAACCUGGAACGGUCCUUAUUCCGAAAAAAUGCGCACAUUACUUGACUAUUUUGACAUCGCGUCAAGUCUUAUUUUCGCCAGGGCUAUCGACGACGUAGACGAACAAAAAGGCCAAAAAACCGGCAAAUACGAAGUGUGGUUGGACAUUCAAGCAGCCUUACAAGAUAUGUUCAACCGUGAUAACUUCCAAACAGGGACCGGCUUUUAUUUUGAAGAAAUGAAAGCACACCCGGAAAAGUACUACCACAAGUGUAGCAACGAGUUACUCGAUUGGUUAAAACUCUUGAAAAAACAAAAAAAAUCGCUGUUUCUUCUGACUGGAUCUCAUGUGGACUUUGCGUCACACACGGCGACGAACACUGUGGGUCCAAACUGGCGCGAUUACUUUGAUAUUGUCGUGUGUUUUGCGAAAAAACCUGGGUUUUUUACCAUGAGACGCGAUUUUUUGAAGUUGGAUGGGGUCCACGAAGGGCCCGUUGUUAAGCUAGACCAAUUACAAAUAGGCGGUAUGUACACGCAUGGAAACUGGACCGACCUCCACAAAUUUCUAACAAAACACUUACACAAGGAGGGUCCGAAAUUCCUCUACAUUGGAGACAAUUUGGUUCAGGAUAUUUAUACUCCUCAUAUUCAUUCCCAUUGUGAUACUGUGACGGUUUGUGAGGAGUUAGAGGCCGAAGGGGUGCAAGGAUACCAUGAACAGCACCCAGACCAACAUUACUUAGUCUCCACGUUUUGGGGGUCGUAUUUUACUUGCAAUAAAGUUGAUACGAACUGGUCUUAUCUUAUGAAGAAACAUUCAAAGUUGUGUGUCCCAAGUCUUGAAUAUGUCGCUUCCUUACCCAUUGAACAUGAAUAUCAAGCCAAUGUUUGAAAAUUUUAAAGCAAUUUGUUGUUCCCUUGUAUUUGUUGUUAGUAGCGAAAAAUAAAUUAAUUUUGCAAA